CACUCUCCUCCUCCCCCUCCCCCUCCCCCUCCCCCUCCUCAUCGCCAUGCGCCGCGCGCCGUAGCAAUGUCGUCCGCCGCCUCCAUCGCGCAGACCCUCUGGGACGCGCGCAUCCCGCUGCACAUCACGCACGAGUCGGCGCCGAACACACCCUUCAUCGCCGCCGUCCCGCGCUUCAGCUACCUCGCGCUGCUGCUGCCGCGCCUCUCGGCCUUCUUCGGCGCCCCCUGCUCCAGCUUCCACUUCGAGGACGUCCAGCUGCGCAACCUCGCCGCGGGCCUGCUCGUCGACCUGUACCGCCCCGCCCUGCCCUGGCGCCUGACCGUCGCCGACGGCGUCGGCUGGGACAUUGCCGACACCUUUCUCAACUGCGUCAAGGAGGCCGACUUCAUCCGCAACGGCAACGCCAACCAAAUCAUGAAAAUGUCCAAGGAGCACACCACGCAGCUCUGGAACGCCGUCAUCGACAACGACUUUGCUUCCUUCAGCAAGGUCAACGCGCGGCUGCUCAACGCCCCCACCGCGCUCAAGCACGUGCCCCUGCGCAUCUACAUCCCCUCGGUCAAGCCCUCGACAGCAGCCGCCGACGCCGCCCAGGACACCAGCAGCCCGGACGCAGCGCAGGUCGCCGAGACGGGAUCCUUCAGGGUCUUCCAGUCGCUUGUCCCCGCGGCCGGUCCGGACCGCAAGCCCCGACUGCUGGGGCAGGCGCUCAAGGAGGCCAUGCCCCGGCUGUUCCCCAGCAGUCGCGAUCCGGUGCUCGCGGGCGUGCUCUUACAUGGGGCGCCGGUGCCGUUCGAGGCACCCAUCGGGGAGCUCAUGCGAGAUGCGGCGUACCCUGACGGCUGGCUUUGCCUAGUCGUCGUUGUUUGAUUUUGGGAUUUGGCAUCAUUAGGAUUAGCGAGGCAUAGCACGGUGGCGUUUUGGACCAGGAUUAGAUCUAGAUUUGUUGUCCUUGUUUGCCACGAGUCCAGGGCGAGUCUACAUAUAGCUCAUCCACACGGCGUGGACUCAUGUAAAAGUUAUCUGCCUGCCCAUCAGACUCCUGUAUGCAUCGUCGACGGCCUUUCUCUUCUUCCG